UUCCAAAAUGAGAAGAACUGGUAUUUUAUUCUGUGGGGGGAAAAUGUAUCAGGCUUUAUUGCAGUCUGCCGCAAUAUCUGCCCCGAAUUUAUUGGGUUCUUAUAAGUCGAAUAUCAUCGGAAACGUUCCCAUUAGCUUAACACGAUCGGAGCAUGUGUAUACGGGUUUUCGGGAUAGGUACAGCAAGCCCCUCCUGGUCCCAGAAGUGCGGAAGCGGCUGUGACCGUCAAGAUAGACCCCGGCUCGGGCUCCUGAUGCCAUAACUGCACUUCCCACCUGUUAGAUGCAUUUUGCUGUGCUCUCUCUCCCAGUGCUGUGAUGGACAUCGACAUUGAUACGGAAUCCUCAUCUGGUUGGCGGUGGUGGUGGCCGUCCUGGAGGCCAACGUCCGCAUCGCUGCUGAAAAGUGCUGAGGCAAAGAUCCUUGCAUGUGUGAAGAAUAACCUGUGUGCCCGGUUUGUGACCUUGUCCAAUCAGGAGAGGAUCUGGACUCUGACAGUGACCAAUAACAGCCCUAAUAAGCGUUCCAAGGCAGACUCUCAGACGCCCCUGGUGAUGGUCCAUGGAUUUGGGGGAGGGGUUGGGCUGUGGAUCCAGAACCUGGAUCCUCUGUGUCGCUCCCGCCCGGUCCACGCUUUCGACCUGCUCGGCUUCGGCCGCAGCUCCCGGCCACACUUCCCCUCGGACGCGAUUCUGGCCGAGGAACAGUCUGUGAGCUCCAUCGAGCAGUGGAGGCAGGCCAUGGGGCUGGAGCGCAUGAUCCUAUUGGGCCACAGCCUGGGUGGUUACCUGGCAACGGCCUAUGCCAUUCAGUAUCCUGAGAGGGUUACCCAUCUUAUCCUGGCAGACCCCUGGGGGUUUCCGGAACGCCCCCAGCCUGACACCGAAGUGUCCGGGAGGUCAGUCGUGAAGAGACAGACCCCUCCCCGAUGGGUGAAGGCACUGGCAUCAGUCGCCAGUCUCUUUAACCCGCUGGCAGUGAUUCGUGCAGCAGGACCUUGGGGACCAGGGCUGGUGAACCGAUUCCGUUCCGACUUCAGGAGAAAGUUUGAGAGUCUUUUUGAUGACGACACCAUGACUGACUACAUCUACCACUGCAACGCACAGAAUCCCAGCGGGGAGGUGGGAUUCCGCGCCAUUUGCGAGUCUCUGGGCUGGGCCAAGAGGCCGAUGCUGCAAAGGGUUCACCUGCUGCCCCCAGGGCUACCCGUUACCCUGCUGUACGGAUCGCUGUCCUGGGUGGACAGCAGCUCGGGGGACCAGAUGAGGCAGCUCCGGCCUGACAGCUACACCCGCAUUGUGGUUAUACAAGAAGCUUCUCACAACCUCUUUGCUGAUGAACCAGAGGAGUUCAACCGGGUGGUGGAGAGGAUAUGCAGCAGUGUGGAUUAGUCCUGUGUGUAUGUAUGCGUGGGUUUGUAUUUACACCAUUGUUGGGACCAAAUAUCCACACAAUGAGGUAAAAACCUGUUAAUUUUGGGCAUGUGGGGACACUUUUCUGGUUCUCACAAGAAUCGGUGACAGCAAUCAAAAUACUAAAAAUGCCAAAAGACUUGUAUUUUGUUUGGUUACUUAUGGUUAAGGUUAGGGGGGGUUAAGGUUGUCAUAGUUGGAAUUUGGGUUUUGCCCAUAAAAAUGGAUGGAAAGUCCCCACAAAUAUAUUAAUACAAACAUGUGUGUGAGUGGUGAGGUGUCACCUUGAUGGCACAUGCUGGAGGAACAUGGCGGAGGAACAUGCUGGAGGAACAUGGCGGAGGAACAGCCAAACUAUAAGAAAUCCUGUGUCAUGACACACUCUUAAAUUGGCUGAGUGACCAGGAAAAAAUAUGGGCAUUAAGUUAAUUAGUUUUAGCAUCUAUUCAUGUGAUCCAUCCAUCCAUUUUCCAAACCACUUGUCCUACUGGGUCGUGGGGAGUCCGGAGCCUAUCCCGGAAGUAACUGGCACGAGGCAGGGAACAUCCCAGGAUGGGGGGCCAGCCCAUCGCAGGGCACACUCACACACCAUUCACUCACGCAUACACACCUACACGCAAUUUAGUAACUCCAAUUAGCCUCAGCAUGUUUUUGGACUGUGGGGGGAAACCAGAGAACCCGGAGGAAACCCCAUGACGACAUGGGGAGAACAUGCAAACUCCACACACAUGUGACCCAGGUGGAGACUCGAACCCGGGUCCCAGAGGUGUGAGGCAACAGUGCUAACCACUGCACCACCAUGCCGCCCCCGUUCCAAAUGUCAGUACGCCCAUUUUUUUGGUACCCGACCGCAUAUGCGUUCAGAUUGAAUCAUCACAUGCAACAUCAAACUGCAAUAUGUCAUACCAUGGGGCGGGACGCCAUGAAACCCCACUAACCACUGCACCACCAUGCUGCCCCUAUUCAUGUGAUAUUUAGGCAAAUAAAAUUAACAUCUUAUUGGGAAAUUGUAUCAAUUGAGACACAAAGCAGAGUUUUUUUGGGGGGAAAUUUAAUUUAAUGAAGCAAAAAAUGUUUUGUUCUUUUUUGUUGUAAUAUAAGGCAAUACAUUUGAAUCAUAUAUUAACACUUACGAUAUUGCAUAAAAAUGUAUUUUUAUGAAUAAAAGGUCUUUUAAACUGACUAAA